AUGUCUGCAGUACACGUACGGCAUCCUCCGCAUCGAUCCGGCCUUUCCUCUGGCUCUCGCUCGCGUUCUCCUCUGUGCCCGGUUGCGACUUCUUCCAUGCGAAGGAGCAGGGAGAGCAAGCCGGACGCGAGGUCAGCAGCAGCUGAGCUGUGCAGCAGGUGCGAAUUGCUGGUUCAGCGGAUCGAGUCUUUCGCCUUGAUGAGGCCCGAUAUCGAGGGAAUCGACAAGCUCGCGCGUGCCGCCCUUCGCGAGCGGGAUUUCGCCGCGAGCCUGAUAGAUUCUCCGGACCCAGCUCGAGGCAUCCAGGGCUGUGAGAACAACCUCAGGGGGCUAAGUUUGGAGCUCGAGUGCGCUGAGUGGGCGCCUGGUGUGACGGCCGUGCGUAAACGAUUCGCGACUAGGCCGCCGUCUCUCGGUGCAAAGUUUGGGGACGAAGAAGUGGUGGAGGUGGACGUGGUGGCACAGGAGGGUUUGCUGUGGAUUGAGUGUAAGGCGGAGAGCAAAACCCUCUCGAGCAACAUCGUCCCGCAGGCGCUUUCCAUGAAGAGGGUUUCGAAGGCGUCUUGCAACCGUCGAUGCUUCGGAAAGGCACCAAAGAUUGUGGUUUAUGCGACGGGUACUCUCGGAGAUAUUGAGGCAGGCUUCCUGAGUGACGCGGGAAUCUCCGUCCUCAGCGCCCUCGACGCCAAAACAGAAUAUCUGCCAAAGUUACCCUCGCCGACAAAGAUGGCAAACCUUGACAUCACAGCGCUAUUCGCCCUCGUAUCCGAGGUGACGAACGGAGGGGCGACAAAACCAAUUUCCGAGGAAAUUACUUCUUGGGCCGAACGCAAGCCGCAACAUGCCGCGUGUCUCCGUGCUGAGAUGAACGAGCCCCUCAACCUUGCGGCCGAGCUGGCGGGAUACGACAGCUUGAUUGCCCACCCGAGCGUGAUUGAACGCUUUCACGACAUACUCCACACCGUGGGUGGUCCAAAAGAACAUCAAAGGUGGGAAGAAACUUGGCAGCCUCGGAUAAAGGUGGUAUCCCCACGCGAGGAUGGAGACGUAAAGGCAGAGGGCAUAGCUGAGGAGCGCAGCUUGGAAAGGGCUGCGCAGGUCCGGAGCCUGAGUCGCUUGUCGCCACAACAGCUCGACCCAUUCGAGCUGGGCGAGGUUGCAAUGGCUCGAACUUUUACCGCAAAUGGCCGCGCGGUGUCGAGCGCAGCGGAACAGGGAGUUCUUCUCGAGACAUACGUGCAUCGUGCCGUAUGGCUUGUGGGACUCUGA